AAGUAAGUUCCGCCCCUACGAUAAUUAAACCCACACCAGCGUGGCGGUGGUGUUUGGAGUCAGAGGGGGAGAGAAAAAAAAACACUUCGUAACUUUUUGUAGGUCGCCACAAACAAAACCAAACUUUUUUCCUAUGAGUUAGAAAUUAGAAGACGCUGAAGAGAAGAAUUGACGCUGCCUUUUGUAAGAAGGUUGAGCUACUUCCUUGUUGGCCAGCAGUAGCAGCAGCAGCAGUAGUAGCAAGCUAGGACCAUCUUCUUCACCUCACAAAGAAAGUUUGCUUGCUAGGCUGCUAACUUCGCCACAAAAGGCGACAAGAAAAGUGGACGAAACCUCAUGACGAGACUGAAAUAACAUCUCAACACCCACGACGGCUCUUAUCCACUCGUGGAAAAUGUCUCUUUAGUGACUCGAGCUUGAAUUUGCAUCGAUUUUUUCCCCCCGAAGAUUGAAGGAAGCUUUGCAUUGCUUUUGCACAGCGCCCCCCUCUUCUCCAUCACCGACCUGCGGCACCAUCAUAGCCACCAUAGCCGGUCCAACGCAGACCCUUGCAGGCAUGUCAGGCCGGAACGGAGCUGUUGUGGGCCCGCAGCCCCUCAAGGCGAUCAUCCCCUAUCAGCUGGCCAGCAAGCACCGAGCCAAAGGCAGGGAUGGGAAGUCAGUGGCACAGAGGAAGAGCAAACCGGAGCAGCUGAGCCCUGGUAUGAGGAGGACCAUGUCUCUGGACGCAAUCAUCGGCCCCUACCUGCAGGGCCACUGGCCUAAAGAACCAGAAGGCAGCUUGUGUCGCAAGGACAAAUCCACUCAGACCCCAAACUCCUGGUCAGACAGAACACAGAGCAGGAGGGACGGCGAUGACUUGAGCCGUAGCGACAUCACCACUAACAACCACCACAAACGCUCGGCAUCAUGGGGCAGUGCUGAGCAUCUCCAGGAAAUCGCCAAACUAAAACAACAGCUGCAGCAGCGUGGCAAACCUGCCGUCUCAGGGGGACGCGACAAAGACCGCCAGUGUGGCUUCCCUCUCGGGAUGUGUGGCCUAGGAACCGCUCAGACUCAGCCCAUUCCCAUCCCACUGACUCCCCUGUCCACGCUGGUCCCGCCUCGUCUGCGUCGUAGCGUGGAAGGCCUCAACCAGGAGCUCGAGGGCAUGUUCAUCUGUCAGCCGGCACAUCAGCAGCACCAGUUUCUGGAGGUUCCAGAUGGACGUCGCGCUCCCGUCCCGCCUCAGAGCUGCAGCAGCGGCUCUCAGAGCGACCCGGCCUCCAUGACGCCUCCGUCGCUGUCUUCCGCCUCGUCUUCACCAUGCUCCACGUCUGAAGACACCUCAGUGGAUUUGCAUCAAGUUUCAUCCCCGAGUGACGCCGACCUCUCGCUGAAUCUGCUUAUCUCAUCCUCGCCUGGACCCAACAAGAGCUGCAGUUUCCAGAGAGAACCUCCUGAGGGUUGUGAAAAGAUCAGAGUCUGGGAGGAGACCAGUACCUCCAACCUACCCAAGCCAGUGGUGGUCGUCUCCUCCUGCCCAGACCCCAAUAAGGUAAACUUUACUCCCCGUGGGGGCUCCGCCUUCUGCCCGGUCAGCCUCCUUAACCCCCUCCUCCCUUCCAUGGACCUGCUGUUCUGUAGCCUGGCUGUGUCCAGCCAUGGAGGAUCACGUACCUGCAACAAGGUCGAUCCUCUUAGCACCGCCUCUUCUGGUGAAGGCUGCGCACAUGAUGAUUCCUUGUAAAAUAAUAAUAAUUCUACAUGAGUUUCUUAGUGCUUUAAUUUAGAAAAGCUAAAUCUAAAAUGUUUAUAUAAAAAAAAAUCAUAAUAAUGAAAGUAAACAAUCCAAAGUUGUGUUUUUUAUGUUGUGUAAUCCAAAGAUUUACUUAAGACCAAGUGUGGCAGAUAGGCUGCAGGCAUUUUUUUUUUUGUGUCAAAAGGUUAUUUAAAUGCGUUUCCUUUUCCUGUUUGUUUUGACCUCACACCGUUGAUGUACAAAGCUUGACAAAUGAAUUAGGUUCGUUUCAUUUCCUGUUUGAGUAUGCCAGCCUGAAGGGAAACUGUGGGUAGCGUCCUUACCCAAUAGCUUUCCUGCUUGAAACACUUUGUGUUUUAGAGAGUGGGGGGGAGAAAGAAAGUAAACAUGUCCUCAUGUUGAUUCAUUUUAAUGGUGUUUAUAGUUCGAGUUGACUACCUAACCCAGGGGUGUCCUAGAUGCAGCCCGGGGGCCAUGUCCAGCCCACAACUUGCUUUUUAUUUGCAAAAAAUAACAAAACUGAGCAUGAUGUGACGUGAAAAGGUUAAGAUUCAUUCAUUCAUUUUCUACCGCUUUUCCUCACGAGGGUCGCGGGGGGGAGUGCUGGAGCCUAUCCCAGCUGUCUUCGGGCGAGAGGCGGGGUACACCCUGGACUGGUCGCCAGCCAGCCAAUCACAGGGCACAUAUAGACAAACAACCAUUCACACUCACAUUCAUACCUAUGGACAAUUUGGAGUCGCUAAUUAACCUAGCAUGUUUUUGGAAAACCCACGCAUGCACGGGGAGAACAUGCAAACUCCACACAGAGAUGGCUGAGGGUGGAAUUGAACCCUGGUCUCCUAGCUGUGAGGUCUGCGCGCUAACCACUCGACCGCCGUGCCGCAAUAUUAAGAUUAAUAACACUAAUUAGAAUAUGCUUUGUCAUCUAUAAAACAAAUCACUUUCACUUUUGAGAUACAUGGGUUGGUUUUAGCCUGUUGACAAAAUUACAUCAAAGUGCCCCCCCCCCCAAAAAAAAACAACUUUUAAUUUUUCCGUAUGCGACUCUCGUAUGGAAAAAUUAAUUUCUGGUAGACGCUUUUGCACAGGUGGAUUUUUUUUUUUUUUAAACAUUCACUUUUUGUACUUUUGUAAAUGUAAAUAGUUGUGUGUAGUUUCAAAGAACCUGCAAAAUAAGCUAAAAAAAAAAGUAAAAAAAAAGUCUGUUACUUUUAGUUUUGUGUUUGCAUAAUUGAAACAGGUGUUACAUGACGUGUUUUGUAUCGGGUAUAGAUUUUUAUGCACUUCCAGGAAAGGGUUUUGUACGCUUUUUCCUUCCAUACAUUUCUUAUGUGUAUGUGCACUUGGAUGUAACACUUACAUAGUCAGACUUUUUCUAGAUUUAGUAUCCUGCAUAUCAUUUUUGAAAUGUUCUUCUCUUUCAAUGCUUUGUGUAUCUGUGUGGAUGCUAGGGGAGUGGAGGGGGACUGGGGGGGUGUGAUCUGUGAA